CCCAUCGGGCCAUCGCCAUGGCGACAAAUUUUAACGACAUCAUCAAGCAAGGCUACGUGAGGAUGAAGAGCAAGAAGCUGGGGAUCUACCGGCGGUGCUGGCUGGUCUUCCGGAAAUCCUCCAGCAAAGGGCCCCAGCGCCUGGAGAAGUACCCGGAUGAGAAGUCAGCGUGCCUGCGCGGGUGCCCCAAGGUCACUGAGAUCAGCAACGUCAAGUGCAUCACCCGCCUGCCCAAGGAGACCAAGAGACAGGCCGUGGCCAUCGUUUUCACCGACGACUCCGCGCAGACUUUCACCUGCGAUUCGGAGCUGGAGGCGGAGGAGUGGUACAAGACGCUGUCGGUGGAGUGCCUGGGCGCCCGCCUGAACGACAUCAGCCUGGGGGAGCCCGACCUGCUGGCGCCCGGCGUGCAGUGCGAGCAGACGGACCGGUUCAACGUGUUUCUCCUCCCCUGCCCCAACCUGGACAUUUACGGCGAGUGCAAGCUGCAGAUCACCCACGAAAACAUCUACCUCUGGGACACGCACAACCCCCGGGUGAAGCUGGUCUCCUGGCCCCUCUGCUCCCUGCGCCGCUACGGGCGCGACGCCACCCGCUUCACCUUCGAGGCCGGACGGAUGUGCGACGCGGGGGAAGGUCUCUACACCUUCCAGACGCAGGAGGGCGAGCAGAUCUACCAGCGCGUGCACAGCGCCACGUUGGCCAUCGCUGAGCAGCACAAGAGGGUCCUGCUGGAGAUGGAGAAGAACGUCAGGCUGCUGAACAAGGGCACCGAGCACUUCUCCUACCCCUGCACCCCCACGACCAUGCUGCCCCGCAGCGCCUACUGGCACCACAUCACCGGCUCCCAGAACAUGGCCGAGUCCUCCAGCUACGCCGGGGAGGCGUACGCGGGCGCCCAGGCCAGCUCGGACACCGACCUCCUCAACAGGUUCAUCUUGCUGAAGCCAAAGUCCUCCAAAAGCGACAAGCCUGAGAGCAGGGAGCCCACAUCGUCCCCGUGAGCUGGCGGGGGGGGGACAACUGUG